CCAUUGUGUGAACCCCCCCCCCUCUAUCUCUCUCUCUCCCUCUCUGUCUGUCUCUCUUUCUCUCUCUUUCUCUCUACACCUUCGUUGAAAUAUUCCAUUAAUAUAAUAUUUGUUUCCCUUCCUCAUUAACCAAUUAACUGUAAAGUUACAACAAAGAGCAAACCCAGUUUAGGUUUUUCUUUCUUUUUUCGGCUGCCAGGGUAACGUUUACUUCCGGUUCAGCUGUAACUCUUCAAGAGGGAACAGCUUAAAGUCCAGGAAUGUCAUAUGCAGAACAAACGGGUAGGAGGUGAUGACAGGAGAAACAGACACAGAAAUACCAGAAACAGGUGCUGUAUUCACCUUUGGAAAGAGUAAAAUAGCGAACAAUGUACCCAGCAGGUUAUGGCUAAAGAAUGAUAUACCUGUGCACAUCUCAUGUGGACAGUCACACUCUGCCUUUGUAACAGAGCAGGGCCGUUUGUUUGUGUUUGGAAAUAAUAACAGAGGUCAGCUUGGUCUUCGAACCAAAGGACCGGUGCAUAAACCAACCUGUGUUAAAGUUCUUAGAGGGGAGAGAGCUCAGUUUGUUGCCUGCGGGACUGAUCACACACUCGUAAGCACCUCACAAGGGGACAUUUUUGCAGCUGGAGGAAACAGUGAUGGACAGCUGGGAUUGGGCCACUGUAAUGACAGCGUUUCUUUCCAGCGGCUCCACCCCUUUUGUGACUAUGUUCCAAUCAAAUUGCUCUCUGCAGGUGGCCACACCUCUGCUGCGCUUACAGAGGAUGGCAGGCUAUUUCUGUGGGGUGAUAACUCUGUUGGUCAGCUUGGUUUGGGGAAUGAAAGUCAUGCCUUAUUGCCUAAAGAGCUGAAGCUGGGACAGUCCAUUCAGUGGGUCUCAUGUGGAUAUAGACACUCAGCUCUGGUCACAGAAAAUGGGGAUGUUUUCAGUUUCGGGGAGAGUGCAGAUGGACGAUUGGGUCUUUCUGCUCAUCAGCUGGCCAACCACAGUGACCCUCAGCGAGUGGACUCUCUGCAUGGGGUUCUGCAGGUGGCCUGUGGAGGCAAACACACGCUAGCACUUACAGACAGUGGUCUUCUCUACACAUUUGGAGAUGGCCGUCAUGGGAAGUUGGGCCUUGGAGAUGAGAACUUCACCAAUCAGUUCAGUCCAACUGUAUGCCAAAGGUUCUUUGAUUACUCUGUCGUGACUGUGGCAUGUGGUUCCAGUCACAUGCUGGUGUUCGCACGGCCACGGCAACAGGAAAGUGAAGAAGUUUGUUUAGAGGAUGAAGAUGUUACCUACUCUUACCUGGACAGGUGUUACACCUCAAUGUUACAGGGGCAACCUUUAGAGCAUAUUCCAGAGCCAGCGCCUGCUCUGUUCUCACAACCCACCUUUCUCCCCUCAUCUCUUCCAACGUCUCACCGCUGGAGCCUAUCGACACGUGCGAGACGAAGACAGAGGGAGAACUCAUCUGCACAGUUUGGCCCAGAAUUUAGCAAUCUUCCUCCUCCCACAACUGGCUUUACUGCACUAGCCCUGACAGGCAACAUCUUACAACCCAGAUCUCCGACAGACUCUCCUAAAUGCUUCAAAACUGAAGCCUUUGUGGAAUCUGCUUCUACCUCAGUCACACUGCCUGCUGGGACAACGCCACUCACACAGAUCACAAAGAAUGAAGAGGACUUCCAUAGUGUUGGAACAUCUGAAAACAGCAUAUCGGACAAGACACAUGAAGAGAAUAAGCAUUCUGGGAUGGUGGAGAAUAUACCUCAACGGAUUCCACCCACCAAAGAACAGGCUGGUUCUGUGUCCCAUUCAUCAGUGACAGAAUCUCCUCUAUCGUGCAGCUUAAAAAACAAGAAGCCCAGGUCCGGAGAUCCAAAGAACCCUGCCAUGGCGGAGGAACAUUCUUCUGUUCUAGCAUCAAGAAGCAAAAAGCAAUCCAAAACAUACAACAAAAAUCUCCACAGUACAAAAAAAGUCAGAUUAUCUUCAGAUAGAUUGUCAGCUAAGGAAAAGGAGGGAAGCAGUGAAACAUGUAGUACUUACAUUGAUCCAAGGGACAAAACUUCAAAUACAGACAAAUAUAGUAAAGUUAAAAACCCAGAUUCCAGAGGUCAAGAGGUCACUGCUCUUGCUGAGAUGGAGAAGAAGACCAAAUCAAGUCCAAUUGAAAUUCAAAAGACUUUCUCCAGAAGUUCUCCAGUUCAGGAAGUUGAACAAGUUAGAACAAUGCCCAUAAAAGUUCAAGAGGUGAAAUCUCUCAAAAUCAAAGAGAUGGGUAUUCCAGUAGGAUCAACAAAAAGGGUCAAGACCCCAGUCAAGGAUCAAAACAUGCCCUCCGGCUCCACAGAGGUUAGCAAAGUUGAAUCAACACCUCAGGCAGAAUCUGAAAGAGACAUCAAGCCAUCCCUUGGAAAUGCUCAAGAGCUCAGAUCAACAUUGAUCAACACACAGGAACAGGGAAACUCAACACCAGUCAAGAUUCCAGCUAAAAUGCAAAGCACCUCAAAAAAAGAAAAAGAAAAUAAUGAUGUUGACACAGAAGAAAGCCCAAGUGAACCAAAGAAGGUUACACCAAAGAAAACCAAAAAGAAGGGAUCAAAUAUGAAAAGAGCCCCGAUGUCAGAAACAGCACCCAAAACACCCGGUCCUCUAUCAGUUUCUAUACCCACACGAAUAUCUAAAGGAAAAAAGGGAAAACCUUUGGAGUCUAAGAACUCAAGCUUGCAGCUUAAACAUGCAAUGCCUGCACAAGAAAAAGUAGAAAUCAAAAGGGAAGAUGAUAAAAUACCUCAGAACUCUGAUAUAUCAUUUCCCUUAAUAAAGAACCAAAAAUCAGGAGGAACUGCAGAAAAAAGCCAAUCAGCUUCCAACUUGCAGUCUGAUCAAAAAAAUUGUCAGUCACCCACUGAUAAAGUGCUUACUGAACAGAAACAUGAAUUUCCAUCUAUUAAAAGCUUAGCUCCAGAAAGGGACCACUCUUUUUCCAGUUCAUGGUCCAAUAACCAAUCAGCAACCAAUAAGUCUUCUACCACCAAAGAAACCGAAUCAUCAUCUGGUAAAUUAUUAAGUCCAUCAAGUGCAUCAUCACAACACAAGCAGUCACCACAAAAAAUUAAAAAAAUUGCCAGAAAAACAGUUGAACCUAAAGAGCCAGACAGGAUGCCACAGGCUGAGCAGGGCAUUAUGGGUAGUGUAGUAUCAUCACUAACAGCCAUGGCUACAUCAAGUGCUGAACCACUACUGAUAAAAGCAGCUGAAGUUCUUUCUGAAACUCAACCACAACCAAGUAUUGAGAUGUCCUCACAUGCAUCAGUGUCCAAGGAAACAUCAGGAAGCAAUAUCCUGCUAGAACAGGAAGUGGACAGCACAGUUCAGGACGUAUCAGCAAUUAUGGAAAGGGAAGACUGCAUAAUCAGACAGCAGAGUGCACAAGAUCAAAAUGAGCUAGUUUCAAAUGAAAACGAAAUGUGGGUGAGUGGUGAUGGAAAAAUAGAGGAAGAGGAACAUGAGAAGUAUGGUGAGACAGAAAGAGAGGAAGAGGGGGGUGAAAAAGAGAGUCUCACCGAGGAAGAAGAUGAACUUGAGGAGGUUGGGCAGGAAGAGGAGGAUGAUGCUGUUGAAGAUGAAGAAGAAAGAGAGAGUAAGACUUAUGAAGAUAGAGGAGAGAGUGCUCAACAGGGAGAGGAGGAAAAUGAAGAGGAGGGAAGUGAGGCAGCCAGAGAGGAAGAGGAUGACAACAAUAGUGGACAGAGCAGCAAGAGUGAAGGAGAGAUGAGUAAAGGGGAAGAAAGUGGAGAUGAGACUGAAAGAGAAGAAGGAGAGCAGAGUGAGGAUCAACAGAAAGAAGAGAGUGAGGAAGAAGAAACUGAUGAAAAGGAGGAAGAAGAUGAAGAGAGUGGUGGUGAAGAAAAGGAAGAGGAGAGGGAGAGCUGGGAUGAGGGGAGUGAGAGAGAGGUGGAAGAAGAGGAGAAAACAGAUGCAGAGGAGGAGCAGGAAGGAGAGAGCAGUAAUGAGGAGAAAACAGAUGAACAAUCUGAAAGCGACAAUGAACAAAAGAAUGAGAGUUCAGAUGAACAGGAAGGAGAGAGUGAAGAAAAGGAUGAGAGUGAGAGGGAGGAAGAGGAGGAAGAGAAUGAGACAGUGAAAGGAAACAGAGGACAGGAAGAAAAGGGGGAAGAAGGGAGCGAAGAAGAGGAUGAGUUAGGAAAUGAAGAUGAGGAGGAAAAUCAAGAAGAAGGGAGUGAUCACGAAGAGGAAGAGGAAGAAGAGAGAAGAGAUCAGGCAAAAGAAGAGGUAGAAGAGAAUAACGAAGAGGAAGAGGGUGGAGAAGACAAGGAAGAUAAGGAUGGGGUCACAAACAAGAGUGAAGAAGAGGAGAGCGUGAGAGAAAAACAAGAGCGACAGAACGAGGUGGAAGCUGAAGAUGAGGAAAAAAUGUCAGAGACAGAUGUAGAUGAAGACGGAGAAAAACAAAAAGGGAAAGAACAGCUUGAGGAAGAGGAUGGAGAAAAAGAAGAGGACAAAAAAGAAGGGGAAAUGGAUACAGGUGAAGAGAAGUUUAGAGAAGAAGAGAAUCUAGACACGUUAGAGACACGGGGCACAGGGAGAGGAGAUGAAGAUGAUGAGACGGACAAACUGAAUGAAAUGGAGGAAGAAAAUAAUGAGGAAGUAGCAGAAGAGGAAGAAACAGACCAGAAGGAAAAUAAUAAAACAACAGAGAGAAUUCAAAGGAAACAGACAGAAACUAAUGAGGAAGAAGAGGAGGGAGGUGAAGAAGUAGAAGAAGAUGAGGAGGAAGAAUCUGAGCAGGAAAACAAUAUAAAAACAAAGAAAAACAGGAGGAAACAGAGUGAAUCUAGUGAAGUGGAAGAGGAAAGUCAGGAAGAGGAGGAAGAAUCUGAGCAUGAAGAAAAUACAAAAACAGAGAAAAACAGGAGGAAACAGAGUGAAUCUAGUGAAGUGGAUGAAGAACAGGAAGAAGAGAGUGGAGAAGAGGAAGUAGAAUCUGAGCAGGAAGAAAAUAAUAUAAAAACAGAGAAAAACAGGAUGAAACCGAGUGAAUCUAGUGAAGAGGAAGAAGAAAGUGAAGAAGAGGAGGAAGAAUCUGAACAGGAAGAAAAUAUAAAAACAGAGAAAUACAGGAAGAAACAAAGAGAAUCUAGUGAAGAGGAAGAAGAAAGUGAGGAAGAGGAGGAAGAACCUGAGCAGGAAGAAAAUAUAAAAACAGAGAAAAACAGGAGGAAACAGAGAGAAUCUAGUGAGGAGGAAGAACAGGAAGAAGAGAGUGAGGAGGAGGAGGAGGAGGAGGAGGAGGAGGAAAUAGAGCAGAUAGAAAAGAAUAUAAAAUCAGAAAGUAGUGAAGAGGAAGAAGAACAGAGUGGAGGUGACGAAGAGCAAGAGGAUGAAGAAGAAACAGAGCUUGAAGAAAAGAAUAAUAAAAAAGAUAAACAUGGAAGUUAUGAGGAAGAAGAACAGGAAGAAGAGGGUGAGGAAGAGGGGGAGGAAGAAAUGGAGCAGGAAGAGGAGAAUUUAAAAACUGAGAAAAAUGAGAGGAAACGAAGAGAAACUAGUGAAGAGGAAGAAGAACAGGAAGAAGAGACUGAGGAAGAGGAGGAGGAAGGGGAAGAACAAGAAAGUGAGGAGGAAGAAGAAGGUGAGGAAGAAGAGCAAGAGGAAGAAAAUACCAAAAAAGUAACAAAGCAGAGAGCCAAACCAGAUGCGUUGCCUUCGCGCAGACAGAUGAGUGCACAGAGAGACAGACAGAAGACUAGACAAAGACAUCAAAAGGAUGUUAAAGGAAAGAAGCAAACAGCUAGUGGUGCUCAGGACCCUCAGUUCUGGAACAAUGUCCUGCCACAGUAUCUAAACCUUAAAUGAUCCCAAAGUGUGCAGCGCACUACAAACACAGACACCACCCUGAACAUCUGACUGUAUAUGGAGAGUUCACAGGCCUAGACAUUUGAAAAGUAUUGUGGAUCAGUUCUUUAAACAGGGAAACACUAAAUGUGUUUGAUGGAUGUUGAAGAAAUGAACGUAUUAUGUUUUGAAUUCUGAUUUAGUAUGAUACACAUCCCUUGAAGGGCUGGUUGUUACUUGUUACUCACGUCUUUAUGGGGAUUCUUGAAUAUUAAGUGCCUUGACUGAAAUGAUUCUAAUCAUAUUCAAUUACAUAUUGUCAUAGUGUUAUAUGAAUGUUAAUUUUCAAGCACAAAUGCGUGAAGUAUUUAUUUCUGU